CCAACAGAGACGAGCAGAUCGACGUGGUCACAGAAUCCGGUGACGUCACCAGAUCUUCCUCAGACCGGCGGGGAGAUAACUCCUCUUCCAAACACCACGAACCGGAAGUCAGUCAUUGUCGUCUCUCACCGGAACUACCCAGAGGCCCCGCUUACAUCGCUAGUGACCACGCCCACGUAGAUCUGGACUCGGGCAAACCCAAAAUCUGGUCGGUGACAGACUUUCUGAGCUCCGCCCACCACCCGGCGAAAGACGGGCCGCCAGGGGCGUUUUCUAAACUGGACACUCUGAAAUCAGUCUCAGACUUAAGCCCGACAGGACUGACGGCAUCAGAUGCUUCUCGGGCUAACGCUCUCCUCGGCAGGUCAGUCGGCUCGUCUGCUACUUCCAACGGACUGAGUCCACUGUCCAGCCCCGCCCACCACCUAUCGGCCUACCAGUCGACGUUAGGAUAUGGUGUAGGGGCGUAUCCUUACGCGCUGUCUUCUUACGGGGGUGCCAAGCUGCUCCGCCCCUCCAUGUCAGCCGCAGCAGCCGUGUCUCGCUUCAGUCCUUUCCCUUCCGUCAGACCUAUGGGAAUGGAUUCACCGUACAUCCCAAGACGUGACAUUGGCUUAACCAGAGAAGGCGAAUAGGCGAUAGACUAUGAUAAUAUACAUUUUUAGAAAA